UGUCUGGCAGCUAUGACAACGUACUUCAAUAGUUGUGUGAAUGGCUUCAAUGAAGAGGAAGAAGCUUUCCCUGUCCAAAGUGCCUCGGAGGUCUCUGAAAUGUACCGUAUACUUGGACGUUCAGAAAGUCACAUGUCCAGGUGUGGUUCUGUCUAAAAAGAAGGAUAUCUACCUCAGUGUGCGUAUAAUGGGCCAGUACAGAAAGACUUCCUGUUUGCCACCAGUGUUCCCUUUACUUUUUCACCACAAAAUGGUCUUUGUCAAGACUUUCCCUGGCAUUGUUGACCCUGCUGAUGUAGCUGACCUCCUGGAAGCUGACACAACAUCUUUUGAGCUGAUUCAGUUGGUGCCUCCAGAGGGUGAAAUCCUCGCUACAAUGGAAGAGAGCAGCAGAGAUUUCUUGUACCCUGAACCUGCUCUGAACUACAGAGAAGGAGCUGCAGAGAGAGAGAUGUUGAUGAAGAGAUCCUCCUCCUUCCCUGUGUUGUGUUUGUCCCGAUUGUCACUCUUCCUCCAGGGAAUCGCUCCCAGAGUGGAGUUUACUACCACAUCAGUCAUAGAGGAGAGUAAUGGGAGAGACAGCUGGCCUAGCUCACCUAAGUGUCUUUCUCCAGCGAGACCAUCUUUGACCUCACCCAGAGAGGGUGCAGCAAAAACAUCUCCUCCAUCCAGAGUGCUCUUUUCCCAGAGAGAUGGCACAUCCCAUGUAUCUUCAAAAGAUGAUGUUAGAAGUCCAAACCCUGCAGCUAUCUCAACAUCCAGAAACUCCCUUUCUUCAAAACUAACGGGUCACAAUCCCCAGAAUACCAAAAAGGAAAGAAAGCAUGCCUCUCCAAGAGUUUCUGUGGACUUUGGCUACCAGCUGCCAACAGUUUCCUCAAGGACACGAGCCUUAUCCCCGUACACUCACCGCAAGAUGUGCCAGCUUUCAGAGGACACCAGACAGAGGCUCAGCCAUCUCCAGCUGGGGCCUCACUACUUCAGGAAGGAGACAGCAAGCCAUCCACCAUUCUUGGUGCCCCACUGCAGUAGUUCCUCAUGGAUGGGAACUCCCUCCUCCUCUCCACAUAGCGGCAGUAUGUAUCGACACUCUGUCAGCUUCACAGCUGAUCACACAGUAGAUUCUUCUCUCAUGGGGAGUUACAGACCAAAAACAACCAAAGUGAAAUCAGGUCCUGUUAGGGUCCACUCGUCUCCAGAAACACAGUUCAGGCCAGUUGAAGGCCAAAACAAAAGCCCAGAAGAGAGAGAUGCUACUUUAUCAAAGUCUACCCUGACUGCAUCAAACCUCAGAAGUCCCCUGAAUCUCAACCACUCCCUCAGAGAAAGGCUCCAAACCAGUCAGCUCAGCCCAUCAUACCAGGAGAUCCACAGCCGGGUCCAGAGGAUCUUACAGACACACAAAACUACCAGGGAUCCCAGCAUGAUUUUUGACCUUUAACGCACUUAUCUGCACACACUGUGGCCAAUCAAUGAGAAAAUACAAAUACUUUAAACUGUUUGAUUUUCAUUCUUACAAAGCUAUGACUUUAGAGUAAAAAGCAGAUUUUUCAUUAAUUUGCUUUAGAAACAGAUGUUCACACAUACACAUGCAAAGCCUCUUGACCUCAUGAUUUUAUAAUUCACUGAGUCAAACCAUCUCUCACACAUGUAUCUUCAUUUAUCUCCCUUUGAUAUUCAUUUAAAUUUCCAACUAUCCAAAGCACCUGCUGAGCCGUGCCUGUCGCCGUAGUAACACUUUGAAAAGGCAGGAAAUUUACAGGGGUUACGUUCAAAAGCGAAGCAGCGCCGCUUCCCUCCCACCCGUCAGCUGGGCCCUUCUUUCAAAAACACCCCGUUGGUGAAACCAAACAGAGACGUCGUCUAAUUUCUCUAAAGCUGUGUGUGAAAUUGGCUCGGGUAUAAAGAAGCUACAUUUUGUGUGUGUGUGUGAGUAGGCGACAUGGUGGAUGUAAGCUGCAGCUGUUAAGGGCUCAUCUCUCACAGCACAAAAGAGAGACAAGAAGGUAGCCAAGAGCCACUGAUGGGAGCCAGCAGCUAAAAGAGACUGAAGAGAUUUAAGAGAGAGAGGAGGAACAAAAGUAAUCCUGAAUCAAAGAGAAGACACAAAGCAUGUCGCCUUAACAUGAUCAUUUACAACCAGUGUUACACUCAAAUGUCUUUAACACUGAACAUCAGACUCUAUGUAGGUUGUAUGUGCUCAUCAUGGGUUAUCUCUUUAUAAUGAACUCUUAAUCCGUCUGGGAGUAUUCCUUUUACUGCAGGAGCACAAUUACAUUUUUUACCAGUGCUCUCAAAAUCAAAUCCAGUAGUCUUAAGUACUUUCACAACAACUACAUGUAUUUUAUAGCCAGGACUAAAUAAUAAUAAAAUUGAUGAUAAAAAAUAUUUUUGAGUCAUGUUAAUCAUAUGUCAAACUGAAAUAUGCAUUGAAGGAAAGAUCUUACAUAAUCAGAUGGUGAUACUAACAGAGCAACUUUGUACUGUGUCUGUUUUCUGUCAUUUGAAAUGUGCCUUAUAUGUAUUCUUAAAAUGCUUUUCAGACUUUGUGCUUUGGUUUCACAGUUUAGUUUCAGUGACUACACAUUAACAUUUUGCUCUAAAUUAUUCUUAAAGCUGCUUGCCCAAGGAAGCAUGUUAUCACUUUGAAAAUUCAUGUACACAUUUAAAUAUGUAUUAUUUUUAAAGACAGUAUUACAUUAAGAAUGGUGUUAAUAUUGUAUAUGUUCAAAAUAAUCUUCACUAACUAACUAAUGUGGUUGCCUUAAAUGUAAAUGUGAAUAAAGUUGUGGGGCACUUACAGUUUCUGUAAAAGGUAUUCACCCCCUUGGAUGUUUCAUCCUUUUAUUGAUUUUACCAGUUGAUCGUGGUCAAUAUAAUUUAGCUUUUUUGACAAAUAAAUUACAGUCAACCCCGUUUUAUGUCUAUUUUAAGUGACUGACCUAAUUCAACAGAGG